GGUACAUACAUAUUAAUUUUAAUUUUGUGGACCAUAUUAAACUCUUUUGGUUUUAGAGAGGCCAAGUAUGCGCUUCAAUGGAACAAUGGCACGAAGCAAAGCAGUAUUUUCUGAAUGCGACGGCAGCCAAUCCAAAUCAUACGGAUGCCUUGCGAGCUUUAGGAGAAACUCAUAAUAUGCUGGGCGAACACCGCCUAGCUGAGAAAUUAUUAAAAGAUGCGGCCAAACUUGAUCCAAAUUGUCCUAGAAUAUGGUUUUCAUUGGGUAAAGUUUUGGAAACUUUGGGAGAAUACACGGCUUCUGCGAAUUGCAUGGCUACAGCUCUACAAUUGGAACCGACCUGUCCUACACUUUCAUUUACUUCGAUAGCUCUAACUUUUGAUUAA